AAAGAGCCGCUAUUCUUUGAUGAUUGGGCAGCGGCAAACUUCAAAGUAAUAAAUCUUAUUUCUGACUGGCUGGCGGCCCACCAAAGUCCUUAUCAAAUUCUAAGAAGUGAUCCCUCACUCUUCAGAUAGACCGAGGAUAUCUCAGAGAGAGGAAGCACACAAGAGUGAAGACCUGCUCGACACGAAAUUUUACUGCGAAUGCAUAUUUAUCCAAAUUAGUGCUGUUAUUUUUUUUAUUGUUUUCAUCGAGAGGGAGGAGGACGUUUACCAUGGCAGCAGUGGCUGUACUGCGGAAUGAAACACUCCAGGCUUUUCUUCAGGAUCGCACUCCAAACUCGUCUCCAGAGAACUGUAAGCACUCUCCGCUGGCUCUCCUGGCUGCCACUUGUAACCGGAUCGGGCACCACCACGGAUCCAACCCCACAGAUUUCCUCCAGGUCCCUUACGACCCGACUCUGGGCUCCCCUUCGCGUUUAUUUCACCCGUGGACUAACGAGGGGACCCCUCAGAGUAGCCUGGCCAGCAACGCUACUUUCGGACUAUCCUCAAAGCCCCAGCUGUCUGCGCACAUCCAGAGCUCCUUCAGCUCGCACCACGAACUGCCCCUCACCCCUCCGGCGGACCCCUCGUACCCCUAUGACUUCUCCCCUGUGAAGAUGUUACCUUGCUCCAUGCAGUCUCUGCAGUCCACCUGCCCUCCCACCUACGUCCCCGCAGUCAGUUACGCAGCCCCAACCCCCAUUCCGCCCGCAAUGCCAAGUUUUGUCACGGGACCCUCCGGCCUUGUGCACCAGCAGCAGAGACAGUUGUCCCCAAACCCUGGAGAGGAUAUUCCGUGGUGGAGCCUCCAGCAGGGGAACCAUGUCAGUCACACUUCCUCCCUUGGUCCCCAUCGCUUCCAGCUGCAGAGGGGCUUGGUUCUGGGACAUACGGACUUUGCGCAAUAUCAGACGCAAAUCGCGGCUCUGCUGCACACAAAGUCCCCUCUCGCAACUGCGAGGCGGUGCAGGAGGUGCAGGUGUCCUAACUGCCAGUCCUCCACGUCCAGUGACGAGCCGGGGAAGAAGAAGCAGCACAUUUGUCACAUACCGGGUUGCGGGAAAGUUUAUGGUAAAACUUCUCACCUCAAAGCGCACCUGAGGUGGCACUCUGGGGAGCGACCGUUUGUGUGCAACUGGCUGUUCUGUGGGAAGAGUUUCACCAGGUCGGACGAGCUGCAGAGACACCUGAGGACUCACACGGGGGAGAAGCGCUUUGUUUGCCCAGACUGCUGCAAGAGGUUCAUGAGGAGUGACCACUUGGCAAAACAUGUCAAAACUCACCAGAACAAAAAAAGCAAGUGCCAUGACAAGACCCUUGACCAUGUCAAAAGGGAGGACACGAGGAAUAUGUUGUAACACCACUUGUAGUCAUUUAAAACAGUACAAAUCACUAGUGCAAUACAGUCAGUCCUACAUUAGUUAAAAGUACACAGUGAGCUGCAUUUUAUAGGGUAUUUUGUUUAGUUUGGUGGUUGAUUUCUUACAUACAAUAGUUUCUAACAUUUGCUGGUCUGUGUAGCACAUUUUUGUAUAUAUAAAGUUUCCUAAUUUAAUUUGGGACCAUGGAGAACUUAUAGCUCAUGAGUUUGGAUUCACUGUCUAUAUCAUAUGAAGAAGACAAGUUUUCAACUUGUGUUUUGAUCAUUGUCUUCGGUGGAAGAUCUCACUCCCCUGUAAAUUCUAUUUAAUAGCUUUUGUUGAAUGAAAGUGUCCGUUUUUUGCUCCAUAUGGGGUGUUUUUAAGCAUGCUCUUGAAAAGAUCUGCUAUUGUUGAUAUGACCCAAAUACUGUGUGAGAAUAAAGAUUAUAACAUUUUCCUCAG